UCAAUGUUAUUUUGCAAUUUUUUGGCAAUUUUAUUAUUGCAACCUGUACCUGUGUCGAAGUUUAAUUUAUUGUUGUUAAAAUAAAUCUAAACAAUUUUUUGUGCUUAAACAAAUACUAAACCAUGGAAGGCUUUAUCGAAGUUAACGAAAUAUCGAAUUUUUAUUCCUAUUUAAAAAGCAUUGAAUGGAGGGACCCCUGGCUUAUAGCUCUUCUGUCCUUUCAUGUUCUUGUCACUUUCACCUGUUUUUCAACUAGAAACUAUGGGAAUUUUCAAAUUAUUCUAUUCAUAACACUGUUGCUACUGGUAUACUUCUCGGAGAGCAUAAACGAAGUGGCCGCGCGGAACUGGACGUUGUUCUCGAGACAGCAGUACUUCGAUAGCAAGGGCUUGUUCAUAUCAGUCGUAUUUUGCAUACCAAUACUAUUGAACUGCAUGAUAAUGGUGGGUUCAUGGCUAUACCAAUCAACGCAACUGAUGACAAAUCUGAAGAAGGCGCAACUCCGGCAACGCCUCAAAGAGAGGAACAUGCAAAGGGAACAACAACACCUGAAGGGGGAGUAAGACGAGAGUCAAUUACAUUACACGAAACAACAUUCUAUGGACUUCAGAUGCGACUAUUUUCAUCUCUUCUAAUUAUACAUUAAUCACUCUGUCUGCUAAAGAUAACAAUUAACACUGUUAGGGCCUGGUCAGACAAAACGCGCGACGACAACAGGUUCUAUACGACUCAAAGAAUUUUGUUUCAGUGGACUAUAUUUAGAAUUCUCCUUGUUUGUAUUACAAACCGUAUAUGUGUUCAGUAGCUUCCUCUUGUUCUACUGCCGUCAUCGUCGCUGCCGUCGCGCUUUGUCUGUUGAGGGCUUUAUUCGUGCGUGUGACGUAAUUUUAGCAGUGAUAAAGCUGCAUUAAAUGCCUAAUUGCUUGCUAAUUAGUUCGUAGUUUUAGUUCAACACCCAAGCAUUUUGUAUUUUCAAACCGUGUAAUGGGGUGGACGCACUUUGUAAAAAAUUACCUCGUCUCAACAUGCGUUCUCAGUCAAAUGCCUGUUGUAUACGUUGGCACAAACCACUUGGCGAAAGCACUCAGUGAUCGUGCAAAAGGGUAUAUUUACAUAGCCACGUGGCUGACUUGCCACCUGUUUUGAUUUUUCAUACCCACAGCAACGGAUUGGCGUAAUUCGCGAACAGCGUUUAUGGUUCCAGUCCACAUUGUCCUAAUACAUUCGGUAAGUAAUGCAGUGCCCGGUAAAACCGACUGUGCUUUUGUGGCACUAAAUGUAUUAAAAAUGGCCUGUAUAUUGUAUAAGUUUAAUAAAUAUUAAAAAAAAGUGCCAGUCGACGACGAACUUGUAAAUGCUGUUUUAGAAUUGUGCCAAGACUCUUUGUGCAAGGCAAAUGUAUACCAACUAGGCCUGUGCACGUUAGCCAAGUUCCAAGGCCCAACUUUUACGCUAGACGUACUAUAGUUUGAACAUGCGUGUAUUCAAAUCGCCUCUUCGGUUUCGAGAUGUUAAACUGCGUCCAUACCAAUAAAUCAGAAUAAAAACCACGUCCUAUGAGAUCGGGCGGCGCGGGCUGCCUGUUUUGUACCUUGUUAACGAUCCAAGAAAAUACACUAUAAGGGGUGUUCUUUUUUUUUUGUUUUUAUUGAUAUGGACGCAGCUUUCAGUACUGGAAACUUUUGAAAGCUUAUGUCUUUUAUUUUUCUUUUCUUAUUCAAAUGCUAUAAAAAUAUAUAUUGUGCUGUAGUAAAUAUAACCAAUAAGGACUCCACUUCUCUUGUUUACAAAACUUAAGUAAAUCAACUGAAACUUACCAAUUUAGUUUAAGAGUCGAAUAGUUUUGUGUACAAAAUUGGUACAAAUGUUGGCCAUAUGCGGCCAAUUAAUAACGUGCUUUCGUCUUCUAUGUCAAUUAUUAUGAAAGGCCAUAAUAAUUUAUGCAAUAUAAUUAAUAUAAGAAAGAAUAAGAAAGUUUUUAUCACUGUUUUUUUAAUUUGACGCUAUCUAUCACCAUGGUUAAUGCAAAAUACCUUGAAAAUACUCUAUAAAACUUACAUAAAGAUUGAAUAUCAACUUCUGCUGUCCCGAUUUUUUCUGCCAAUACAGUAAAAUGAUCCUUACAUUAAACUGAAUCGAUCAGAAUUUUUAUGUACUCAUUUGUAAAAUAUUUUGCAUUAAAAAUGAUAGUGAUAGUGCUUUUUCAUUUUCUUUUAAGUAUAAAAUGUCUUGACUGUAUUCGAUAAUACUAUUCCAAGAGUCGUGGAAAUAUCUUAUUUUUUCUUAGACCUUUUCUUCUACAGGAUCACCAAUUUUUGUAUUCCAUCAAAAAACGUGGAAAACAUAAUAGAAGUUAAUUUAUAAGAUGCCUAUAAUAAUAUCUUCAAAAAGAUUUUUAGUGAAAUUAUUUUUCCUACUUAAUUUUUCAUUCCUAUUUUUUAGUUGUUACAGCAAAUGGUGAACUUUUGUAGUAAGAAAAAAUUAAAAGUAAAUAAAUCUAGCGCGUUAAAAAUUUAAAUAAUUGCAAUUUUAAUUAAAACGAGUGACAAUGCGAUGCAGUAGCGGCUAAGAAUUUAUAUUGCUUGUAUUAAUUAUGUGAAUAAGCGUAGAUCAUUGCUAGAUUAUAUAGAUAGAAUUUUUGUGUUAUAUAGUUAUUUUGAAAAUAAUACACACCAAUAAUUUUUAAUUAAGUACCAUGAAAAAUUGUUUAGUCAGAAUUCGAUACUUGACAAGCUGCUUUUCCACCAGAGAUGUGCUACAUGCUAUGAGGAAGUCAAAGCUAAGCUACGAAAAAAUGUGACCGUUUCCACUAACACGGUGUUGAUCGGGGUGGGUAAGAUGUUCUAUGAAGAUGCGCUUCCAUGAGGUAGCUGUGAGAGAUAGAUGCGCAACUCGAGUUAAGCGAUACAUCGAUGCUAGAGAGAGCUCGGGUCUACACCACUCGCGCAUCCGUAGAUCCCAUCAAUAGCUCGCACUCAUAGCACGCAUCCAUCUAU